AUUUGUUUAAUUUUCUUCUACACUCCAAAAUCAUAAAAAUUUCGUCAACGAAAACCCAAAAAGACUCAAGAGAACUCAAUUUCUUUGGGUCGUUCCCAGUCGUUUCCGCGUUAAUUCCUUUUCCCCUUUCUUCUUCGCAUUGAUUUGGUCCUUUUUCUUCAAUUCAUUAAGAGAACCCCAAAUCUUCAAUCUUCUUCUCGAUUUCAAUUCUCUCUCUCACCAAAAAGGAAGGUUUAUUAGUGAGCAAUCUCAAAGUGUUACUUUUUUUUGUUGACUCAAGCAACAACUUCUGUGAUAUUACUCUGAGAGAACAAUGUUUGGUUUGAGGAAAUCACCGGCAAAGCUACCAAAGCACAACUCAGUAGAUCUUGGAUUUCACAAGUCUUCCAAGCCAAACCCUUUCGAUUCUGAUGACGAAUCAGACAACAAACACACGCUUAACCCUUCUAAGAGGACUACCUCUGAACCUUCUUCUUUGGCUGAUAUGACUACUAACCCUUUUGAUGGUGGGGAGGUGGUUCAGAAAGGAGGUUCAUCAUCCAAACAGUCGUUGGUUUCCUCCAACUCUAAAUACCAGUACAAGAACAAUUUCCGCGAUUCUGGUGGUAUCGAUAACCAGUCUGUUCAGGAGCUUGAAGGUUAUGCUGUGUACAAGGCUGAAGAGACUACGAAAUCUGUACAGGGUUGUUUGAAGGUUGCUGAGGAUAUUAGGUCAGAUGCUACUAGAACUUUGGUUAUGUUGCAUGAUCAGGGCGAGCAAAUCACUAGGACUCACCAUAAAGCUGUUGAGAUCGAUCAUGAUCUCAGUCGAGGUGAGAAGCUUCUUGGAAGCCUUGGAGGCAUGUUUUCAAAGACUUGGAAGCCAAAGAAGACUCGUCCUAUUAAUGGUCCCAUCAUAACCAGAGAUCACUCACCAACGAGAAGAGUGAACCACUUAGAGAAAAGGGAAAAACUGGGACUGAACCCAGCACCCAAGGGACAAUCAAGAACCCGAGAACCGCUCCCCGAAUCAGCUGAUGCCUAUCAGAGAGUCGAGAUGGAAAAAGCUAAGCAAGACGACGGUCUUUCAGACUUGAGUGAUAUACUCGGUGAGCUAAAGAACAUGGCUGUUGACAUGGGAAGUGAGAUCGAGAAACAGAACAAAGGACUUGACCAUCUUCAUGAUGAUGUUGACGAGCUCAACUUCAGAGUGCAACAAUCAAACCAACGCGGCCGUCGUUUGCUUGGAAAAUAGAUGGAUAGAGUUAUAUGUUCAUUACACUCAAUCCUCUCUUGUUUGAUUCUCUGUGACUUUGUUCUUUAAACCUGAAAAGGUUCUAUCAUGUUAUAUACAUCACAGUCUGUGUUUGUAAUUGAUCUUAUUGCAGAAAACAAAAAAAAUUACUUAUUUGUUCAGACA